CCCCAAUUGAAUUAAGACGAGGAUCUUGUCGCUGCAUCUCCCAUUCCUACCUUAACUCCAAUUAAACUAUCGCAACUGUUCCUCAGCCUGAAGAAAGCUCAAAAGUCCCACUUCGCUGCGUUGGCGCCCUCGACAAUCUCAAUAGCCCACCACUCUUAUACCUCACCACCCAACACCCGCAUCGCUCUUUUUCUUCUUGCCUGCGCAUACAGCGGUGAGGCACCAACGACGCCGAACACGUACUAGGAACUAUCUGUGCGGUAUCUCUCCACGAGAGAUCCGAUUGAAAUUGAGGAAGAUGGCCGAUACCGAACCUAAGGACGUCGUGACGCAGGAGGAGGGCGCGCAGGCGGCGGCGUCUGGAACUGAGACUGCCGGCGAGGAGACGACGGGGCUGGUUUCGGAGGUCGAGACGGAGACCGAGAAGGAGACCCCAAGCCCCAGAAAGGUCGCGGUCAAGAAGGAUGGUGUUGUGCCAAAGCGCGCUGCUGUACCGGCGAAGCUUCUAGGAUCUUCGGCGACCUCGAGCACGAAGUCGGCUACAACUACAACGUCGACUGCGAAGACGACUCCAACAUCGUCUGUCUCGCGCACCACGACUGGCGGACUGAGCAAGCCUCCUACACGACCAGUAGCUGGAUCUAUCUCCAGAAAGCCUGCCACCAGCGCGACGGGACCGAACUCGUCGAGUGCUGCUGCUUCGCACAGGUCCACCUCGUCGGUUGAGGAGAAGAAGCCAUUAGCUGGAACCGCGAGACGAUCAUCCAUACUCCCAUCGAGCAGCUCGGCAACCAGGACUACACCAACCACCACUGCUGCGGCUCGCAAGCCAGCUGUAUCUACCGCCUCGACCCCACCAAAGCCAACUACGAGGGCCGUUACUUCGACAACCCCAAAAAGCGCAGCUUCGAAUAGCUCUGUGACUGGCCGCUUGGCUUCGUCGACUGCCAAGCCAGCUACUACUACUACUACGACAGCAGGGAGGAGAAUCUCGAACCUCGCUGGCUCUAUCACAGGCUCAACAAGCCGAACCGCCGCUACUGCAGCUGCAGCCAAGGAGUCUGAGGACUUGAAGGACAAGCUGCAAGAGAGCGAAGCCAAGGUCGAGGAGCUCAAGGCCGAAGUUGCUGCUUCCCAAGAGAAGUUGGCCGACUUGAGCAAGCAGAUCGAGAAAGAGGCCGCUCGCGUCUCCGCUGCCGAAGAGGGCAUGCGCAAGGACCACGCCGAGCUGGUCGAGAAGACUCGCGACUCCCACAAGUCGGAUGUUGAGACCCUUGAGGCACAACUCGUUGAGCUUGAGACUUCCUACAAUGCCAAGCUCGAGGCUUCCAACGCAACCGCCACCGAGUCUGCCGAGGCCCUGGAGAAGAAGCACACCGAGCACACAGCUGCAUUAGCUGCGCUUGAGGCCGAGCUCCAAACUGCCAAGGAUUCGCAUGCCACCACUGUCGCUGCUAAGGAAGCGGAUAUCGAGGCGGCAAAGGCUGAUGCUGAGAAGGCUCAGGGAGAGGCCAAGGCCUUGAACGAGACUUUGGAUUCGUUGAAGUCUGAGCACGAGGCUAAGUCUAAGGAGGUUGAGGGUACUAUUGCUACCCACAACGCGGAACAUGCAUCGGCAUCGGAGGAGCUCAAGACGGCCCUCAAGUCGCUCACCGAUGAGCACGAGGCGACUAUCUCGGCAUUGAAACUCUCUCACCAGGAAGCUUUGGAGAAGGGAACCACCGAUGCUAGCACGUCGCAUGCUGAGGAGCUCAAGGCUCUCUCUGACAAGCACGAGGAGGCGCAAGCAAGUCUGCAGAAGGAGCUCGACGUUGCUGUUGCAUCUCAUGCUAGCGUUGGCGCUGAGCUGACCUCUGCCAAGUCGGCACACGACGAGCACAAGGCAGCUCUUUCUGCUGAGCUAGCUACCCUGAAGGAGAAGCUUGCCACCACAGAGAAGGACCUUGCUGAGCUGUCGGAGAAAUUCGAAGCCGCGCAAGCUAAGAUUGCCGAAAGCGAGGCAGCAUUGACCAAGGCCAAUGGCGAGGUUGCGAACAUUCAAGCGGAGGUCCUGUCGCUCCAGAAGAUGAUGGAUACCGUCGACGAGGCUAGCAAGAGCAGCGAUGAGGCGCACAAGAAGGAGCUUGCUUCCCUGACGAAGACGCUGGAUGAGAAGACAAAAGAGAUCUCUUCCAUCAACGAGAAGCACAUCAAGGAGCUGGAGUCGAUUUCUAAGGACUACCAGAAGGAGAUCGACGCCCUGGAGAGCCAGUCAGGCUUCAAGGACAAGUACGACGAGCUGAAUGUUCAGCACGAGGAGCUUGUUAAGUCUCGCGAUGCCGCCGUCGAGGCUCACACUUCCGAGUUAGAGAAGUUGAGAACCGACCAUGGUAGCGCCGUUGAUGCGCUCAAGGCUGCCGAGGCUGCGCACGAGACUGCUGUGGCUGACCUGAAGACUUCGCACUCCAAGAAGCUCGGCGAGGUCACUGAGCGCGCUGUCUCUGGUGACUCUACUCACGCUACUGAAAUUGAGAACGUCCACUCCACCCACAGCGCCGCCCUUCUGUCGCUGAAGGACGAGCAUGCUACUACCCAAUCGAGCCUUGCAGCUGAGAUUGAGAAAUACAAGGAAGCCGAGGCUGCGCUGAAGGCCGAGACCGAGAAGGUCGCCGCGCAAGCCGCGAAGAGCGAAGCUGAGAUCGAUGAGCUGAAGGUCGCCCUCGCCGAGGAGAAAUCUGCCAAGUCUGCUGCGCAGGCUGAUCUUGAUGCUGCUAUCAACAAGAAGCCGGAUACCACCGAGCUCGACGCCCUCCGCAAGGAGCAUGAUUCUCUCAAGGAGGAGCACGUGGCACUUGUCAACAAGGCACCGGACACCACCGAAGCUGAUGCCCUCAAGGCUGAGCUCGCGACUCUGAAGGAGGAGCACACUACGGUCCUUGCCAAGGAGCCAGAUACCACUGAGCUCGAUGCCCUCCGCAAGGAGCAUGGCUCCCUCAAGGAGCAGCACGAGGCUUUGGCCAACAAGGCGCCUGAUACCACCGAGGCUGAUGCUCUCCGCGCCGAGCUUGCAACUCUCAAGGAGGAGCACGAAGCUCUUGUGAACAAGGCACCCGACACCACCGAGGUCGAUGCCCUCAAGGCUGAGCUCUCCUCCCUCAAGAAGGAGCAUGAAGCUCUUGCCAACAAGGCUCCCGACACCACCGAAGCUGACGCCCUGAAGACUGAGCUUGCAUCGCUUAAGAAGGAGCAUGGCACCGCUCUCUCUAUCGCGCAGGAGGAGUCCGCACAGGCGACUAAGGAGCACCUCGCCGCCAAGGAGGCGCUCGAGAAGCGCCAGGCCGACUUUGCUGAGCACAAGGCCACCGUUGAAGGCAAGGAGAAGACCAGCGAGUCGGAUUACAAGGAUAUGCAUGAUUCGCUCACUCAGCUCGUCGAGGAGGCUAAUGCGAAGGCCGAGGCUGCUACGAAGAAGGCGACAGAUGUGUCGUCGCAUGUCGCUGAGCUUGAGGCGCAGUUGAAGGUUAAGGAUGCUGAGAUUGCUGCGGCUAAGGCCACGGCUGCAGCUGCACCUGCCGCAGCAGAGAAGCCCAAGUCUGGGAUCCUCGCCAGCAAGUUCGCCGAGGACCUCGAGGAGGCUGCGGCGCCGGCCGCGGAAGGUGAGCCAGAUAACUCGUCAGCCGCGCUCGCUUCGUUGACAGCGGCAAAGGUGAAGGUGUCGCAGCUUGAUGAGAUGAAUGACGAGCUUAAGGAUGAGAAUUUGAGGAUGCUCAAAUCCAUCAGCGAUCUCGACGCUCCCCGAUAAGGUCGUCGUGUAAACACCGCCGCCAUCACUCGCAACCUGUACUCGUGUUUUCCUCCCAUAUUUCUUUACUUUUUUUGGUCCCAACCUCAAACUCAACUCUGUUCAUUCGAUACCCGAUCGCCGCCCUGCCGCCUGCGGCGGCACGUUUUCCUGGCGCAAUUUUUUGCUUUUUUGUGCGCGCGCGUUGGAUAUCGGGGUUUUUUGUUGUUUGGUUUGGAAAUUUGAAGGGUGGUUGGAAGGGCCGGUCGAGAGUGGAUGCAUAUAUGUAUGUGUAAUUACUGAGGGGCCGGGAAUUAUGUGAGGGGGGAGAGGGUAUGUAAGGGGGGUUGUUUAUCUGUGAUGUUGUGAUGAAGGGGGUGUUAUGAUCAGAAUGGAAUUGGCACACAGAGACUGGACUGGAACAAUCGUAAUUCAUGGAGAGGGAUGGAUGGAUUAUAUUUCACUUAUGACCACGAACCCCUGGUCCUUGCCCGCUCGCCCUAAAUCUACUAUAAGAGGAGGCAGCUGCAGGCUCAAAGUUCCUCAUGACGCCCACACCCGGAUACAUGGAGAGGGGCAUUACUAGUUUGAUAAGCACACUCGAGUCGAACCAUAUUUCUUUUGACGAAGCCCAAGCAAAUCUAGAAUAGUAAGUGAGGGACAGCAUCCAGUAGUGACAGCCAAUAGUGACAGCUUUCAAUGGUGACAG